AUGAAAGUGAUUUUCUCUCUGCUGUUGUUGUACUCAACGUCACUUCAUGCAGAAGAACCUGAUGCACCAGAGAAAAAUACCAAGCAAAACAUCUAGAAUGAAAUGAGGGAUGUCAGAGAUAUGAUAGUUGAUCAGAAGGUCAUUAUAAACAUGCUGAUGGAAGAGAACUCAGGGCUGAGUGAGCGACUGAAGUACACUGAGGCCAUGAUGGAAGAAUUUAAGAAUGAGAAAACAGAAGGUCCAAAGGUGGCAUUUUCAGCUGAUUUAGGGCACCGUGGACAUUUAGGUCCCUACGAUACUGACAUCACACUGACGUUCAAUAAUGUCUUCACCAAUAUUGGCAACAACUACAACCCAAUAACUGGUCUCUUCACAGCAACAGUUAAAGGAGUUUACUACUUCAGAUUCACAGUAUGUAGUCCUCAGAAGUUGACAUCUUUGGGUGGAUUCUUGUAUAGAAAUAACGUAAAGAUUGUGUCAAUAGGUCAAUGGCGUAGCCACAAUGAGCACUGAUAUGGAUCAAAUGCAGCUGUUCUGUAGCUGGAAUUUGGUGAUGUAGUUAGCAUGAAGCUUAACAUAGGUUACGCCGUCUAUGACAGUACAGAUAACCUCAGCACUUUUAGUGGAUUCCUCAUUUACCCUCUAUAG